AUGGCGGUGCUCGCCCGUACCUCCCCAGAGCAAGAUGCGAUGCUCCCCCGCUCCUCCCCACAGCAGGAUCUGGUGCUCCCCCUCUCCUCCCCAGAGCAGGAUGCGAUGUUCCCCCUGUCCUCCCCAGAACAGGCCGCGGUGUUCCCCCGCACCUCCCCAGAGCAAGAUGCGGUGCUCCCCCGCUCCUCCCCAGAGCAGGAUCUGGUGCUCCCCCUCUUCUCCCCAGAGCAGGUUGCAGUGUCCCCCCGCUCCUCCCCAGAGCAGGAUGCGGUGUCCCCCCGCUCCUCCCCAGAGCAGGAUUUGGUGCUGCCCCGCUCCUCUCCGGAGCAGGACGCGGGGCCCCGCCGGUCCUCCCCGAGCAGGGUGCGGGGCUCGCCCCGCCCGGUAAAACCUUCCCGCCCCCCGCCCUCCCGGGGCUUCCUGCCGACCUGGCCACAAGUCCCAAAGGGCAAGGAGGUCCCCAAGGGCAAAGAGACCCCCAAGGAAGCCCCCAAAGCGGACCCCAAGAAAGCCCCCGAAGCGGACCCCAAGGAGGCCCCCGAAGCGGUCCCCAAGGAGACCCCUCCUGAAUCCCCUAAAGAUGGUUGCCCCGAGGACCUGUCCCCUACCGUAGAGGAGCCUUCGGGACUCUUCCUUCAGAAGCCCCAGACGGUUUCUGUGGAGACGGGGAAGGAUGUGAAGAUCACGGCCAAGGUGGACGGGAAACAGCUGCCAGACAAGCCGACGAUCAAGUGGUUCAAGGGGAAGUGGUUGGAAUUGAGUAGUAAGAGCGGUGCUCGGUUCAGCUUCUCACAGACCCUGGACAAGCGAGAGCAACGUGAAGCGGGGGGGAGGCCGGAAGAGGGCUUCCGAGGAGGCUGGGUAUACCUGUUGCAGCUGCUCAUAGGCAAGGUGGUGCUCGGGGACCGCGGUGAUUAUCGCUGUGAGGUCACGGCCAAGGACGUCUGCGACAGCUGCGGAUUCAGCAUCGAUGUUGAAGCCCCCAGCCAGGACUCUGGAAGCAUCCUGGAGAGCUUCAAGAGAACGCGAUGGAAACCAGAGACUGCAGGAGAGCUGGACUUCAGCGGAUUGCUCAGAAAGAGGGAGGUGGUGGAGGAGAAAGAGAAAGAGAAAAAGAAGAAGAAGAAAGAUGACGAUGACCUGGGAUUGCCCCCCGAGAUCUGGGAGCUGCUGAAGGGGGCGAAGAAGAGCGAGUACGAGAAGAUCGCCUUCCAGUACGGAAUCACCGACCUGCGUGGGAUGCUCAAACGCCUCAAGAAGGUCAAGGUUGAGGUCAAGAAGAGCGCAGCGUUCACAAAGAAGCUGGACCCGGCCUACCAGGUGGACAAGGGCCACAAGGUCAAACUGGUGGUGGAGAUCAGCGACCCUGACCUGCCUCUCAAGUGGUACAAGAACGGCCAGGAGCUAAAACCAGGCAGCAAGUACGUGUUUGAGAACGUGGGGAAGAAGCGUAUCCUGACCAUCAACAAGUGCACCCUGAGCGAUGAUGCCGCCUAUGAGGUUGCCGUCAAGGAUGAGAAGUGCUUCACUGAACUCUUCGUCAAAGAGCCCCCGGUGCUGAUCGUGAAGCCUCUGGAAGAUCAGCAGGUGUACGUGGGUGACCGGGUGGAGAUGGAGGUGGAAGUAUCUGAGGACGGGGCCCAGCUCAUGUGGAUGAAGGGUGAGGUGGAGAUGACCAAAGAGGAUUCCUACAAGGCCCGUUAUCGUUUCAAGAAAGACGGGAAGCGACACCUGCUGAUCUUCUCGGAGGUCUCCCUGGAGGACACCGGCCGCUACAAGGUCAUAACCAACGGGGGCCAUUGUGAAGCUGAGCUCAUUGUAGAGGAGAAGCAGCUGGAAGUCCUCCAAGACAUCGCGGACCUGACCGUCAAGGCCUCAGAUCAGGCCGUGUUCAAGUGCGAGGUGUCCGAUGAGAAGGUCACGGGGAAAUGGUACAAGAACGGCGUCGAGGUCCGUCCUGGCAAACGCUUCACCAUCUCCCACAAGGGCCGUUUCCACAUGCUGGUGAUCGAUGACGUCCGUCCCGAGGAUGAAGCCGACUACACCUUCAUCCCCGACGGGUUCGCCCUCUCCCUGUCAGCAAAACUCAACUUCCUGGAAAUUAAGGUGGAUUACGUUCCCAAACAAGAGCCGCCCAAAAUCCACCUGGACUGCUCGGGCCAAAUGAGUGAAAACACGAUUGUGGUUGUGGCCGGAAACAAGCUGAGACUGGAUGUGGCCAUCACGGGAGAGCCGCCCCCCGUAGUCACUUGGCUCAAGGGCGAGGAGGUGUUUUCGAGUCUGGAGGGUCGGAGCCGGAUCGAGCUGCGUCCGGACAGCAGCAGCUUCUUGAUCGAGGGGGCGGAGCGAGCGGAUGAGGGCCGUUACACCAUCAAGGUCGCCAACCCGUCCGGAGAAGACGUGGCCUCCAUCUUCGUAAAGGUCGUGGAUGUCCCCGACCCUCCCGAGGCCGUGCGCAUAACGUCGGUCGGGGAGGACUGGGCGGUGCUGGUCUGGGACCCUCCCAAGUAUGAUGGCGGGCAGCCCGUUACAGGGUACCUGAUGGAGCGGAAGAAGAAGGGGUCCCAGCGCUGGAUGAAGCUGAAUUUCGAGGUUUUCACGGACACCACAUAUGAGUCCACCCGGAUGAUUGAAGGAGUUCUCUACGAGAUGCGGGUCUUUGCCGUCAACGCCAUAGGCGUCUCCCAGCCCAGCACCAACACCAAGCCCUUCAUGCCCAUCGCCCCCACCAGCGAGCCCCUGCACCUGAUAGUGGAGGAUGUGACCGACACGACGACCACACUCAAAUGGCGUCCGCCGGACCGCAUCGGGGCUGGCGGGAUCGAUGGCUACGUGGUGGAGUACUGCUUGGAAGGCAGCAACGAGUGGGUGGCGGCCAACACGGAGCCGGUGGAGCGCUGCGGCUUCACCGUGAAGGACCUCCCCACCGGGGCCAAGAUCCUCUUCCGCGUCGUCGGGGUCAAUAUCGCCGGCCGAAGCGAACCGGCCACCCUGGUCCAGCCCGUCACUAUCCGCGAGAUUGUCGAGCAGCCCAAGAUCCGCCUCCCGCGCCAUCUGCGUCAGACGUACAUCCGCCGGGUGGGCGAACCCAUCAACCUGGUCAUUCCCUUCCAGGGGAAGCCGCGGCCGCAGGUGACUUGGACCAAGGCGGGAGGACCAUUGGACGGAUCGCGCUUCCACGUGAGGACGAGCGAGGUGGACACGGUGCUGUUCGUGCGGCAGGCGGCCCGGGGCGACUCCGGCGAGUACCAGCUGAGCGUGGCCAUCGAGAACAUGCAGGACACGGCCACCGUGCGCAUCCGGGUCGUGGAGAAGGCGGGCCCGGCGGAAGGGGUGACAGUGAAGGAAGUGUGGGGCUGUAACGCCCUGGUGGAAUGGCAGCCCCCGCGGGACGACGGCAACAGUGAGGUGACGGGCUACUUCAUCCAGAAAGCCGACAAGAAGACCAUGGAGUGGUUCACCGUGUACGAACACAGCCGGCCCACCCGCUGCACAGUCUCUGACCUCAUCAUAGGCAACGAGUAUUACUUCCGCGUUUUCUCCGAGAACAUCUGUGGCCUAAGCGACUCGGCGGGCCUCUCCACCAACACCGCUUAUAUAGCUAAACCAGGUCUGCAGCUGAAGCCCCUCGAUUACCAGGAACACGAUUUCCGUUCGGCCCCCAAGUUCCUCACUCCGCUGACCGACCGUGUCAUCGUGGCCGGAUACGCGGCCGCCCUCACCUGCGCCGUCGGCGGGGAGCCGAAGCCGCGGGUGGUAUGGCUGAAGAACAAGAUGGAGAUCUCAGGGGACCCCAAGUUCCUCAUCACGAACCACCAGGGCAUUCUGACCCUGCGCAUCCGCCGGCCCAGCCCCUUCGACGGCGGCACCUACGCCUGCUGUGCCGUGAACGAGCUGGGCGAGGCGCUGGCUGAGUGCCAACUCGAGGUCCGAGUGCCACAGUGAACACCCGGUGACCAGAGGCACAGAAAGACCCUGCCCUUCGAAAACUCCCGUUCCGGCCCGCCUCAUCUAGGACCCGACAUCCCUCUCAUCCCGUCCCUCCCCGCCGUACAUCGGACGGGAGGCGCACCCAAGCCGUCUCCCGUUGGAAACAAGAGAUGCUUGAAUGGC